AUGGAUUCUGGCCCACCUACGCCCCGGGUGCGCGCAAGAUCGCGUGUGGCCUGCGUGACGUGCAACCGCCGCAAGGUGCGCUGCAAUGUGGCGCAGACUGGGCCGCCGUGCACCAACUGUCGGGACGGCAGUGUCGAGUGCGUCACAGUGCCUCGAAAGAAGCACAAACCAAGACGGUCGCGAGCGGCUCCGCUGGCGCCAGCCGUCAAGCCCGGUGUGACGGUGCCUCGCUCGCCGCCGGAGAGAGCACCUACCCUGGGGCCGUCUGGCGAGGCAUCUCCCUCCCGUCUGACCCCCGAAGCGGACGGCCGGCUGCCCGACGACGAUGCCACAUCGUACAUUGGCGACAACAGAGGGCCUCGCCAGUCGGUCUAUGAGCUGUGUCAUCCACAAACGCCACAGGAUGCACGGCUGCCGGAUGUUGCUGAAGGGCGAGACAACGGGGAGAGCAACCGUGCCAGCAGUCUGUGGGCGGCCCACGAGCUUGCCUAUCUCCGCCACGAGGGCGCAUUCCAGACAUUGCCACCGGAUCUGAGCGAUGGCCUCGUGCGGGUCUACUUUGAGCACGUCCACUUCUUCAUGCCCAUCCUGGACGCCGCCGAUGUGCUCAGGGCGCACACGCGCCAUGGCGCUGCCGGACUGCAUCCCCUGCUCUGCUGGAGCAUGUGUCUGGCGGCGGCCAACUUCGUCUCCGACGACGUGCUCGCCAAAACCGGCUAUGCGUCCCGCAAGGCCAUGAAGCAGGCCAUGUACGCGCGGGCCAAGUGCCUGUACGACCUGGACCGGUCGACGGACAAGGUGACGCUGAUCCAGGCGGUGCUGCUCAUGGGCUUUUGGUACACGGACGCCUACGACCACACGGGCGCCUGGCACUGGGUGGGGAUUGCCAUCAGCCUGGCGCAGUCGUUGGGGUUUCAUCGAAAGCCGACGCGACGUGGACGCGAGGACGGUGGCGACAAAAACCAUGCCCGCCGGGCCAGCCUCGUCCGCCGUAUCUGGUGGACCUGUCUGGUGCGGGAUCGCUGGGUGGCUCUUGCCAAGGGACGGCCGAUGCGCAUACACGACGAAGACUGCGACGUGCCACGCCCCGUGCUCGACGACUUUUCCGGCGACCUGGACGCGGCUGCCAGCCCGGCGUUCCAGCAUCUUGUGCCGGCUGGGGGUGCCGAGACCGCGGCAUCCCUCGCCCGCAUGUGGCUGCGUCUCGUCACGAUCAGCGCCCUGCUCGGCCGCAUUGUGCGCGCCCACUACCGCGUGCAAGGUCUGCCGCCGUCGCUCGAGGACAUGGACGCCUUUGAAAAGGAGCUUCGGGCCUGCGGGCCGUCGGAUGCUGCAGCUGCAGACGACCCCGAGAUGGCCGACCAUCUCCGUCUCCAUGCCAAGCACGUCGACCUCUUUUACAAUGCCACCGCGGCCAUCUUGUACCGGCCGUAUCUCUUGCAGGCCCCAGCGUCCUUGCCUCGUGGUGCCAGUCCGGCAUGGCAGCGAGACGUCGCCCGUCGUGCGCGUGCCGCCGCCGCCCGCACCAACGACACCCUCAACACCCUCAUCGAGCUCGACGCCAUCCACCAGCUCAAGCCCAUGACCAUCACAGCGCUCGUGCCUGCCAUGCAGAUCCACCUGUUUGAUUUCUGCAAGGCAGCCACGCCGCUGCUGCGCAGCCUCGGCAAGAACAAGCUGGGGCUGUGUCUGCUGGUGCUUUCUCACAUCCGGCGAACCUAUUGGAGCGCGAGCGUGAUCCACCGUCUGUUUUCACGGGCCCAGCAAAUCUUGCAGCAGGGAGCGCCUGCGACGUCGGUGGCAGCUGAGGAAGUGGCGGACAGGCGCCCGACGGCAACAGAGACGGCACCAAAAAUGCUGCCCGAGCCACGGCAACGAGAACAAAACAUGCGAGAGAGAUCACCUACAACCACGACCACACAACCCAUCUGCUAUGAGACACAACAGCAUCCGCCUCCACACCAAGACGACACCAUGCACAGUCACAGCAGCUACGACGCUGGAAUGCCCACGCCAACACCCACCGUCACGCCAACAUCGUCUGCCCAGCCCUUUGCGCAGCACUUCGUGCCCAGCCUGCACCAGAGCUUGCCACCGAGUCUACCGCACACACAACACAUCCCGUCCAGUCUCCCACAUCCACAACAGCAGCCUGCCCUUUCCCUACAACAGCCGGACGCCGGCUGGUGGGACGAGCCUGCCACGUUUUGGAACGUCGACCUGCUGCUGAGUCCCGGCUUUGCUCUCUCCGACGACGUUUACCAGACUCUGUUUGAAACCUACAGCGAUGGCAGUCACAAUGCGAACGCAACCAACACGGGCUCGAAUGGGAUGAGCAUGGUGUAUAUGCAAUGA